AUGAUAUUUUCAGAAAGUAACCAGAAUGAGGAUGCUAAGAACAGAUCAGAAACCGACGAUAAAGAAGGCGGGGAAGAAAGUGAAGGAUUAAUGAGUAAAGCGGGGUUGAAAGGAGAUCAGUAUUGGGACUCUGUUGUUCUCAACCCAUAUCCUAUCACAUUCAGACCAUCGACAUCGACUGAGAAAAAAGCGCGUGGUCCACAUACUGAAACAGACGGUACACCAUCUCAUUAUCGCAGAAGACAAUCGAUUGAAUUUGAAGAUUUAAUCCUUAAUACGAACACAGGUGGCUUAAAGCUUCCACCCAAGAACAAGAAGAAUCCCUUCUUACAAGUGCAUGUCGACAAAAAGUUGAGUAGACCAGUUAAGCCACGUCCAGAUUCCCUGGAAGAUAACCUCAGUAUGCGGAAACUAAAAAGGAAUAUAGACUUACAACAAAAGAUGUCUUUUGUGGGAGCAAAUUAGCUAAGAAUAUAGAACUGUAGAUACGAACACUGGAUGAUAUAGA